UGAACAUCAUAAUUUAUGACGUCACUCAAUUACAUUAUUGGCACUGCUUCUAAAGAAAGCUAGCUCCUUCUAAAAGCUCUACAGCUCUACAUACAAGAGGAAGAACAUCUCAUUACUAUGUCUAUGGCUAGUUCCUCUCCCCUGGAUGGCUCUCAAGGAUCAGUAUCAUAUCCAAUGGACUGUGUGUUUGAAGGUUGUAAGAUACCAGUCUAUUCCACUAGCACAUGGAGCAAGCAGGUCGCCAAUGGAGUGCACCCCGUCGACUGGACGUGGGCGGAAGUCGUGAGUAAACGACGUGUAAAUAACAAGUGGGAUUUCUACGUUCACUACGUCAAUUUCAACAAGCGUCUGGAUGAGUGGGUGUGUGAGGACAGACUGGACCUGGAGCAGCUGCAACUACCCAGGAAGGAGUCUAAAGUGAGCAGCCUGGCCCGGAACUCUCGCCCCUCCUCUCCCGAUGUUCAGACUCCACCCCCACCCAUGCCCCCUCCCAAGAAAAUCAAUGGGAUUGGUCGCAAGAGGAAACACGAGAGUGUGGAGCCUGAGUCAGCAGAGGGCAGUCCGUCCACCCCACUCCCAGAGACACCACCUGUUCCUCACAUGACUGGUAGUCUCCAUGUCCCCUCAGGCAGUCGGACUGGACACGGACCAGAGGACGUGAUCACUCGAAUGAAAAACAUUAAUAUGGUGGAAUUAGGGAGGUUCCGUAUGAAGCCGUGGUAUUUCUCCCCUUACCCUCAGGAGUUGACCUCUGAACCCGUUAUAUACCUGUGUGAGUUUUGCCUCAAGUAUGUCAAGAGUAUGAAAUGCUUGGAAAGACAUAAAGCCAAGUGUACUCUGUAUCAUCCCCCUGGCAAUGAAAUUUAUCGUAAAGAAAGUAUAUCAUUUUUUGAGAUUGAUGGAAGAAAGAACAAGGCGUAUGCUCAGAACUUGUGUCUGGUGGCUAAGAUGUUCCUGGAUCACAAGACCCUCUAUUACGAUACUGACCCAUUCCUAUUCUACGUUAUGACAGAGUAUGAUGAGUUUGGGUUCCACUUGGUCGGCUAUUUCUCUAAGGAGAAAGAGAGCUCUGAGGAUUACAAUGUAGCAUGCAUACUCACUCUACCACCAUUCCAGAGAAAAGGAUACGGAAAAAUACUCAUAGAAUUCAGUUACGAACUCUCCAAACUGGAGAGUAAGAGUGGCUCUCCUGAGAAGCCUCUCUCUGACCUUGGCCUCCUCUCAUAUCGUAGCUACUGGUCUCAGACUAUCCUGGAGAUACUGCUCAACCUAGACGGACAGGACGACAAUCCUCCCAGCAUGACCAUCAAUGAGAUAUCUGAGAAAACAAGUAUUCGUAAAGAGGACGUUGUGUCGACGCUACAGAACAUGAACCUGGUGCAGUACUAUAAGGGCCAGUACAUCAUCUGUCUCACUAAAGAAGUGCUAGAUCGCCAUUCUCGCUCCAUGGUCAAGAGAAAGAUACGAAUUGAUUCACAGUGUAUUAAAUGGAAUCCCAAAGACUGGAGCAAGAGAGGGAAGUGGUAGCAGCCACACAGAAGACUGGAGCAAGAGAGGGAAGUGGUAGCAGCCACACACAAGAGAUAAUUAUAGAAUGGACUAAGCACUUCAUUAUUAUACAUAAUUUUAUAAUUAUAGUCACUCUGGUUAUUCUGCUUAUUCAUUAUUAAUGAAAACAAAUCAUUUGACACUCGUA